AUUUCCUGUGUUGACAUAAUGCAGAGCUAGAUAUUGACUUUUGGGAUGUUUUCACAUAACGCCAAUGUUGGCCAAUGCAUAUUGGUAGUUUUGUGGCCAACGGAAGCACCGACGGAUUUGAGGUCAAGUCGGAAAAUAAUGGUAGCGGUAACCGUGCGGCACCAAUAGGGGAUGUGCCAUGUAUGCUAGCCUGAGAUGAGAAUUAAACCCAGCCGCAACUUCCUGCUGGGCCUGUGCUCCUUGCUGGCCCUGGGAUGGCUCUACUACUGGUCUUGGUGGAUCAGCUCAGGAAGCUGGGGCCACAAUUCACUGUAUGAUAAGCAAGGGUUCCUUCUGAAGCUGGAUGGUAGUCUGCCAUUGGAGCUGAUGUUAAAAUACGGCAAUCUCAGCAAGGGAGCGUGUAAGCCUGGUUAUGCAGCUGCCAAGAUGACAGCCAUUUAUCCAAAGUUCACCAAACUGGCGCCCAUGUUCCUUGAUCCAAAUUACAAAAGAUUCUCCAAGAUUAGUCGUUAUUUGCCUCCGUUUGGUGUAAAAUCACAAGAGAAGCUCAUAGAUAUUCUUCUGGCAGCUACUCAGAGCUAUGGCCUUGGGAAAAAACUGGACAGCAAGAAGUGUAAGACAUGCAUCAUAAUAGGAAACGGAGGGAUCCUUGCCAACAAGUCUCUGGGAAAGAGGAUUAAUCAGCUUGAUGUGGUGAUCAGGUUGAAUCAGGCCCCAGUAAAAGGCUUUGAGAAUGAUGUUGGCUCCAAGACCACCAUGAGGAUCUCCUAUCCAGAGGGGGCCAUCCAGAAGAUGGAUGGCUACGAGUCUGAGUCCCUGUUUGUCCUCUCGGCCUUUAAACCUCUAGACUUCAAGUGGCUGUUACACAUGGUUUUCAAGCAGAAACUGCGCAGCAUUGAAGGCUUCUGGAAGUCGGUGGCCAUGCAAGUUCCAAGAGACCCCAGCGACAUGCGCAUCCUAAACCCCUACUUUAUCCAGGAGGCUUCCUUCAAAUUCAUUGGUUUACCUUACAACGGUGGAAUGAUGGGCAGAGGGAAUAUCCCAACCCUGGGGACAGUUGCCAUAACGAUGGCCCUUCAUAACUGUGAUGAAGUAGCUAUAGCUGGAUUUGGUUACAACAUGGACACCCCCAAUGCUCCUAUGCACUACUAUGAGAAGAUCAGGAUGUCAGCCAUCAAGGAGUCCUGGACUCACAACAUAUCGAAAGAGAAGGAGUUCCUGCUGAAGCUGGUCAAGGCUGGAGUCAUCCAGGACUGGACCAAUGGCAUCUGUGGUGCAAGAUGCUGAUGGUCUGGUCUCAGGAUUCAGUACUGUGUUCACCUUCCCCUUCUCCAGCAACUGAAGAGGGGGCCAACAGGCUGGGUGGUCCUAGCAGAGAGCAGCAGCGUUCACACACUGCAUGGAGUGCAGAGACAAUGUGUGUAUAUGAGGCUUAUUGAUCGGAACACUCUGCCCCAGUGUCACAUAUCAAAGUAUUGCAAGUAAUAAGCCUCAGGUUACUGUAUAUUUAAAUGGUUUAGUGCCCUGGUUCAGUGUUUUGGUGAUCAAAGCAACACGUAGACCUGGCUGCCCUCCUACUGGAACUGCUGCAGGCUGCGGAGAGGAGAGCAUCACGGUGUUGGGUUUGAACAUUGCUCCUGUGCCAAGAUUACCUCUACAAGUGUCCUUCUGCUCGCACAUCUGAAUGUAAUCUGCAAUACACGUAGAGUCUCUUAUUUAAAGUGUCCAGUUUCUGUGGUAAACAGGGUGCGCACUACAUUACACGUGACUCAGCCGUCCUGGACUAGUCUCUGACGCCUGUGGGGGAACCCAUUCCGUUAGAGCGACAUGGCAAUCAUCAGAGCUUUAGUUGAGUCGGUAUUAAACUAGAAUAAGCGCUGCCUCAGCAUGGACAGCACGCUCAAAGGCAAAGUCCAGCAUGCUGACUGAUUGCUAAUGCAUUGGUGUGCUGGAAAGUGUUGGACAGGGUUAUGAUGAUGACGCUGGAUGUGAAGACUAGAGAUGUUUAGAUACCAAUACCAGUAUAGGGAAAAGCCUCCUAUACUGCUUAAAAUGCUGGUGUUGAUGUUGGUGAGUACUGGAGUUUAUGCACCGAUCUGAUACCAGGUAAUUAAGCCCUGAAGAAAAUCUACUUUAAAGAAGUUUAUUUAUGUUCUUUUUCCAUUAUGAGUCACUGUCAUACUGGAUAAUACUGGAAAGCUCAACGGUGUUCGUUGAUUUUGUGAUUGUUCAUGUUUCACACUGAGUUCAACAACAACGAUAGCAAUCAUAUCACAACCAUACAGUAUAGUAGUAUACAGCUGUUAAAACAGGAUCAAAUAUAUGGCACACUGGUGUCAAAUCGCUACUCAGUGUCAGCUGAUACGCAAGUUCAGGUAUCAGAAUCUGUCAGGAAGUUAAAAGAAAAUGUAUCGGACCAUCUCUAGUAAAGACCCACUCAGUCCUUCUCUUAACGGGAUCUAAAAACUCAAUGAUCUCUCUUUUCUUUCUGUUCAUUGCCCAGAAUAACAGCAGAACACCAAAACAUUCUCCCCACUCUCUUCACUCGGCCCUGCGGAGGGCUGCUAUCUCAGGCCCCAGACAUCACUCACACAGUGUUACUCUCACAGACUUAAAUAACGCAUACGUACACUGACCAAAAUCAUAAACACAGCACUUUUGUUUUCGUCCCCAUUUUUCAUGAGCUGAACUCAAAGGUCUAAGACUUUUUCUAUGUACACAAAAGGCUUACUUCCCUCAAAUAUUUUCCCUAAAUCUGUGUUAGGGAGCACUUCUCCUUUGC